CUUCCGAGUGCAACCGCUGCUUGUCCGGCUGAGCGCUGGACACUUUUGGUCCCUCCUUACUGCAUCUGACCGCCUACACAGCUGUCUUUUUCCUGUUCUCAGCGGGAAGGACAUGAGUGUCCCUGAGCCGCCGCCCCCGGACGGGGUCCUGGCAGGGCCACCGGACCGCCUAGUGGCCAGGGAGCCAACGCCGGGUUUAAGUGACACUUCUCCAGAUGAAGGGUUAAUAGAGGACUUGACUGUUGAAGACAAAGCUGUGGAGCAACUGGCAGAAGGAUUGCUUUCUCACUACCUUCCAGAUCUGCAGAGAUCAAAACAAGCCCUCCAGGAACUCACGCAGAACCAAGUUGUAUUAUUAGACACACUGGAACAAGAGAUUUCAAAAUUUAAAGAAUGUCAUUCUAUGUUGGAUAUUAAUGCUUUGUUCACUGAAGCUAAACACUAUCAUGCCAAGUUGGUGAAUAUAAGAAAAGACAUGCUGAUGCUUCAUGAAAAGACAUCAAAGUUAAAAAAAAGAGCACUUAAACUGCAGCAGAAGAGACAAAAAGAAGAGUUGGAAAGGGAGCAGCAACGAGAGAAGGAAUUUGAAAGAGAAAAGCAGUUAACUGCCAAACCAGCUAAAAGGACAUGAAAAGUUGAAUGUGUUUGUGUGUUCUUCCCUUCCCCUGUCCCAUAGUCUUUGGAUCUAAGAUGACCUAAGUGUGGGCUGAAGUUAAGGUAGUGCCUUAUAUGUAUACAUUGUGUCUUGUUUUGAAAUCCUUUCCCCAGUAAUGCUGUCUCUAUAUCUUCAUUUUAGCCAUUCAAGAAGAUUUUUUUCCCCUAAGUAAAAGACCUACUGUCACUUGGUUUGGUUAUUUAUAUGUAACUUUUCAACUUGUUUUUCUUAAUUUGAAAAUUUAUUAUUUUGGCCUUGAAUCAUUUAUAAACUGGUAAAUGGUUUGAUUAUUUUAAUAGUCCAGACUCUAAAUGGUUAAAAGUUAGUAUGGAGUUUUUAGAUUUAAUUUACUUGGAUUUAAAAGUUUUGGUUUUUUAUUUUAUGAAAUGACUUGCCUUUCUGGCAGUACAGUGCUGGUUUUUGGCAGUUGCCUUUUCAUUGCUUGAUUAAGAAGAAAUCUGUUGAAUUAUGCCAUGGAAAAAAGGUGGAAUAAUCCUUUGUGAAGAAUAUAGAAAAGUGUGUACACAAGAAAUAAUAGCAUUAACACAAAGGCGAGGGUGAAGAAGAUGCCGGAUAGAUUCCACUAACCACACACGCUUUCUUCAUCCUAGUGUUGUUGUUGCUAUUUAGUUCUUAUGUAGCUUCUGGCUUCAUAGUACAUUAUAUUUAUUCUUCAAGUUUGGCAGAGGUGGUGGUAGAGCUUCCACACACUCAAAUGUGCUUAAAUAUUUAUAAUACUUAGUAAGAGUUAUCACACACUGAGAUACAGUUGUCAAGUUGAUAAGAUAGUGAGCUCAGCUUUCCAAAUGGAAGGUCUAACUGCUAUUUCUCUCUGAUUUGCUGUGUGGCAUUACCUGUGGUUAUUUUUUUUCUGUGCUUUUAAAAAGUCCUUAAAGUAAAUGAUACAUACCAGCUACCUAUUUUAUAGAUAAUGACAGAUUGUGGAAUAUUAGUGAAUAGCUUCUUCACAAAAGAAGCAGCAUGAUACCUUUAGUGUUUUCUAGAUUCUUUCUCCCUAAUAAGUAGAAACUUAUGCGAGGGAAAUAUGAAGUUUUGUUGUUUAAAAUUGAGAGUGUAUUAUUCACUGUUUUAGUAUUAUUUAAUAUCCAACUUAUCUCCAAUCUCUAUUACAUAGAAAUUGUACAGAACCUAUAAAGAUAUGUAAUUAGAAGGUGUAUCUUUUAUAAUCUGCAUUACAUUUUGGGUAAGCUGGCCUUACUACCUCUGAUCACUUAUUGGGCUAAUUAAUGAUGGAGAGGGCAUUAGAUUUAAAUUGAAUGAUAAGAACUAGUCUGUUUAAAGGUUUAAAUUGUUUGUUUGAAAGCCUUUCCUUUCUUUAAUGAAUGAAUUAUGAUCUCACAAUUUACUUGACUUUGACCAUAUAUUUAAGAAUAUGUAUUUUAUUUUGGAAGGCUACAUAUUACUCUUAAAUACUAGUUAACACUGCCUAGGGCAGGAUUCAUUAGGGCUUGCAGGGCAAUGUCACCUAAAUUACUGAAUGUACUCAUAACCUGACAAAGGCUGUGCAUUGUUUCUCAGAGUGAUUUGUGAAUUAACUGCAAUGGUUGUUUAAAUGCUAGUUCCUGGACACCACUCUAUCUACUAAAGCAAAUCUGUUUGGCUUUUUUUUUUUUUUUUUUAAAUUUUCCGCAACUGAUUCUGAUGCACCUUAGAAGCUGAGAACCGCUGUCUAGUGGUGUAGGUCAGAGGUUCCCAAAGAGGCUGCAUAUCAUUAUCGCAUGGGAACUUAAAACAAAAGCAGACAUUCAGGAAGAUUGUUAUUUAGUACUUCUGAGGUGGGUCCCAUGCAAAUUUUAAAGUGCUCCCCAGGUCAUUCUGAUGCAAGGAACUACUAACACUGGUUCAGACUAUCUAGUGAUUUAUAUUUAUAAGUAAUGAAUAGUUUAAAAGCUACUCAGAACUUUUGGGAUUAAUCUUAUAAAAUAAAUUCUGAACUGCUGCUUUUUAUAUAAAGUCAGAUUUAAGACUAAAAUAGAUAGGAGGCAGGAAAGAUAUAGAAAAUUCCUAUUAAUUGAGCUUUUGUGACUUGUAUUAAAAUAAAUCAUGUUUAUUGAAUGAAUGGCAAGGCACAUAUACUUUUAGAAUUAUAUUUAAAUUUUGAAGAUUUUUUUUCUAAAUGUCAAGACUAUAUAUAUUAGCAUUCACUAUUUUUAGGUCAAUUGUAAAUCAGAAAUGGUUACCUUGGUAAUUGAAAUCUAAAACUUUAGUUGUAUUUUAGUAGCACAGAAACAUACCUUACUGACUAAACCUGAACAUAACCCUUAUAAUUAGUCUUACUGUAUUUUUGCACAAAAUAAUGAAUUUGUACUUGGGUCGAAAAAAUAUUGCCUUUGAUAUUUUAGGUGAAAAAAAUUGCAUUUGUUUUGACACUAUAUCACAUAUGUAAUGAACUAAAAUGAUGGGAGUUAAUUUUGUAUUUACUUGGUAGGAAAUAUGUAGAUAUGCUGCUGUGGAAUAUAACAUGGAUUGUGUCCUCUGUGAGUGUUUGGGUGGAUACAGUUUGUAAACAUGCCAGCUAUACAUCCUUAUACAUUUGUCUGAUUUUGAGCUUGUAAAUUGAGGACUACUUUUUACACGUUUAAUUAAAAAAAUGCCUCCAAGUUAUCGAA